CAACGUGCAGUCGAGUUGGAGCACGCGCAUUUUGUGUUCUAGACUUUUCAGUGAACAAUUUGACAGUUGGUUUGUAAUGUUCGAAUGUUGACGGAAAACAAGGUUAUGUGUUUAAAUUUUAAGAACAAAUUUUAUAAUUCUUAUUGAAUAUUUAAAUGUAUUCACCCAUUUUUAUUUAUAGUGCCAUAGCAUUUAUUUACACAACAGUAAACAAGUCCUGACAUGAAUACUAGUGAAGGAAUCUCAGUUGAUUUCGAAGAUGAAGAAGAUGAUGAAAAUUAUACAGAUGUACCUACCAAUAGUGAAAUUCCUAGGAAUGAGAAAACAGAUACUCAGCACGUUAUGGUUGUCCCAAAACCCAGUAUGUCCAUCCCAGUUAGUCUACUCAUAGAAUCACUCGUUAAAAAUAUAUGCACAAUUUAUGAGUCUGACCAACAAAAAGCGGAAAAUAUGUAUAAAGUAAUUUGUGAUAAAUUGUAUAACAUGAACCUUCUAGGGGAAAGCUAUAGUAUGAAUGAAUUCGAGGGCAUGCGAAGCCAGUACCAAAGAGCUUUAAUGCAACUAUUGUCUUCCGUUAAAGGCGGUGACAAAUCUUUACCUCUUAGUCCUAUUUGGCCCAAGUCCGAAUUUAAUUCACACUAUCAUAGGGAGUUUGAUGAAGUUGAAUUCAUUGCUGGUGGAGGUUUUGGUCAGGUUUACAGAGUGAAGCACAAACUUGAUGGUGCAGAAUAUGCUGUUAAAAAAAUAUCUAUCCGUGCUGAAGGUAUUCAGUCAGUCAGAAACUAUCUUUCUGAAGUAAAAACAUUCGCAAGCAUGAACCACUCCCAUAUAGUACAGUAUAAAGGUGCAUGGUUAGAAUUCGAGGUGCCAACAAAGAAAGGUAUAGAGCACAAAGAGACUGAAUCAUUUACCUCUGCUUCUCAGGGAACCGAGUACAUUUAUCAUCAAGAAACAACGCAGUCUUUCACUGAAACACAAAAAGAUGGUAGCACUGAUUUUCAGAUAGAUUUUGAGCAUAGUGUUAGCGGAGCCAACUCAGUUAAAUCUAAGCCCUCAACAACAUCAAGGAGGAGAAGAAAGAGAAAGAGUCUCUCGGAAGGCGAAGAUGACAUGGCAGUAGCAAAAUUAGAUCUAAAGGAAAUUCAAAGGAUUAGAUCUCUCAAUAAAACCAAAGUAAAGUGGGCAACUCUGUUUAUCCAAAUGGCAUUGUGCCAUUCAACUCUAAAACAAUGGUUGGAAAAGAGAAACUCUAUCACAGAUCCCGAGAAAGCCAUAGUUCCAAUGAAUGAGCAAGCUAUUAGGAAUAACACUGUUAACCAGAUCUUCAUACAGUUACUUAAAGGGUUGGAAUAUAUUCAUUCCAAGGGCAUAGUUCAUCAUGAUAUCAAACCUAGUAAUAUUUUUAUCCAAAUCGAAAACGGCAAUAUUCUAAUACAAUUAGGAGAUUUUGGAUUGGCAUGUCCAUUACAAAGUGCUCGUCACACUCUUGCAUUUGGGACCAAAUUGUAUGCUGCACCUGAACAACUGGCAGGAAAAUGCAAUCCAAAAAGCGAUAUGUACUCUCUAGGAAUCGUGCUCUUUGAAUUGGUAGAAAACUUCCGUACCGACAUGGAACGUGUCCGGUACAUCACGGAGUUGCGCAAAAGCCACAUACCUCCAAAUCUAUUAUCAAAAAAUCCGCAAAUAGCUGAAAUAAUUGAGAAGCUAGUAAUUCGAAACCCUGAAUUUAGGCCAGAUACGACCACUCUAAUAAGGACCUUUAAUUCCACGGAGAACGACCAAAUGGAACAGUUGAAAAUGCAGCUGGCCGAAAAGGAUGAUGAAAUACUGCAUUUAAAGGAAUUGCUUAAGAUACACGGCAUCAAGAGUAUUUGAAGAACAAUGGCGGUAGAGUGGCACCAAUUUUUUUUUUUUUUUUUUUUUAUCUAUCUUAUUUUUAAUUAGAAGUGAAAUUUUUUGUGUCCAUUUUUUAAAUCAUAAUAAAUUUGUUAAGAAUUAUUUAAUCUUACACGAUUUUGACAUUUUUUUUUUUUUUUGUAAAAAGUAUAGGAAAUGCUGGGCUGGUGUGUUUUAGUAAAAUAGAAAUAUGGUUGAAAAGUUUAUUCUCAAAAAAUAAUUGCCAAAUGAUAACUCUACAAAUUCAAAGUCUCCAUUGAUCUAACAUAAAAAUCUACAAUAUUCGACUAAAUGUUAUUUUUUGAGAAACGUUUCAACUAUAUUUCCAACUAUUUUACUAAAGCAGACCCGAGUCCACCAAUUCAAUAGAAGGUGUUGGGAUUUUUUUUUAAAUAUGUGAUUUGUUCAAUUGAAAUUCACCUUCUGUUUAUAAAAGAUUUAAUUAAUUAGAUUAUUAAAAAACUAUUUUAAGAAUUAUUGCAUAGCUGUACACUUGAAGCUGCGACCUUUUAAUGCUUUCUUCAUAGGACGAAAGUUAUGGCUUUACGCCAGCUUUUCUAUUAAUUGAUUGUACAGAACUCUUUUAAUUUGUAUAUGAUUGUCCUUAAAUUCUUCUAAUAAACCUCCAUAGACCAUUUGCAUAUCAAUCUUUAGUGAAUAUCUCUAACACACAAAAAUUUAAUGACUGCACGUUGAUCUUGUUUAAAUGGACUUUUGGCUACAAAAUUAACACACAAUUAAAUCGGAACGUUAAAAAACUCACUAUAUUGUUUCCAAGUUUAAUUUGAAUAAGGGUGUUCAAUUGAACAAGUCUCGUAUUUUACAUUUGUCAAAAUCUAUGAAUAUGUAUCUCGAAUCAUUGAAAUCAGACUGUUUAUACAUUGUAAAAUAAUAUUUGUUCCAAUAAUAAUUAUUUAUGUACAAAGGGUGAGAUUACAGAACGUCUGCAACUUUGCAAAUAUGGCGGACUUACAAAUGCAAGUAUUCCAAAAAAAUAUCUUAAAAUUCGCAACACUAAACUCAAAUUUGGAAUACGAAAACUUGAUACUUGCAUAUGUCAGGCAUAUUUGCAGAUUUUCAAAGUUGCCGCCAUAUUUGCAGAUCUGCAAAGUUGCAGACGUUUUGUAAUCUCACCCCAAGUCAGCAAAGUGAUUAUCGAACCAGUCCGAGAUUAUGAGCCGAGCGAGUAUCAGGCGUAUUCGAUAAAGAUACUUUGCUGACGAGAUCCAUACAAACUUUUAUCGCCAACCGUAAAUAAUUAUAAUUAAUAAAAAAGGAGAUAUAACAUCACAUUUUAGAAUGACAAAGUAAACAAACAGAAGAAUAACAGCGACUACAAAACAAAUGGCUACACUGAUAAAUAUUAGCGGCAGAUAAAAUAUUUGUUUUAACAGUGAAAUAAAGUGUUUGUUUACUUCCGCAAAUCGGUAAGGUAAAAUAUGGCUUUAUUGACGGUUGGUGAUAAAACAUGUUUAUUUCACUGCCAACGUCUUAGAAACGCAUUUGAUACAUUUUGAUUAUUUGUAUUAAGUUUUUUAUGCUCUUUAAACGUUAGAGGUAAAAUGUGACAAAUUUUAAUAUUAUUUAUUUUCAAAAUUUGCCACAUUUUAUUAAAGCAAAGUCUGUUAAACCACUUGUGUCUUCAAAACCGUUGUUUCUACUUCAUCUUUUAGCCUUCACAUCUUUAUUGGGGGUUUCUAAUUAUUUAUUGGAACAAAUUAAUCAUUUCUCAUAAUACUGUUCGAAUUUUUCCAAAACGUUAAACAUACAUACUUAAAAAAUGAGAAUAUUAUAAAUUUCCAUAAUAAGAAAUGAGAUUUUCACAUUGCUUUUCAUAUGUCUUAAGCUCUUUACCCAUUGGGUGUAGGAUCUUGACUUUAUAUACCUGUUUUUAAUCAUUCCUCCAUAAACAUUACAUUUGGUGUAACACUACUUAAUUUUUACUCCUGCCGUCCACGAGUUUUAAAUGAUAUAUAAUUAUAAUUUCUAAGGUACUUGCUCUUUAGUGGUCUAAAAUUGCCUCUAAGUUAAAAAUUCAAGUUUAGAAGAGUACUCUUUCCUUGAAUCCUUUACGCUGUGACUGAUUAUUUGUAAUAGAUAAAAAUAUAAAGUUUGCUCAUUAGUCUAAAUUUGUACGGAUUAUUAAUCAUUUUGUACUGUUUAGACAUAUUGAAAAUUUAACUUAGUUGCAUAAACGAAAUAUGAAAUUUCUUUUUUUUGUGUCUUGCUAAGUCUGUUGAUACUAUGUAAUAAGGUACACUUUUAUCGAGUUCUAUUAUAUGGAAUCUCGACAGAAAAUGCACUUUUGCAUUUUUAUUGUUACUAUUUUAAGAAAUUUGGAAGUGAUAUUUUCUGUGAAAAUUAUAUUUAUUGUUUUUUUAAUAAAAAUAUUUUUGACAUAA